GUCGGAGGCGCGAGGCAGCGCUGGUCAGGUGACGAAAUACUGUCACUUCACUUCACCUGCUGUAGUUUCCGCACGGGACAUAAAACAAGCCCAAUGGCUGAACAGUACACAGAUCUAGAGUUGGCCUUAAACACCUUGGUUAAAAACUUCCAUUCAGCAUCGCCUACUGACGCUGACACGCUCACAGCCCAGGAGUUCCAGAGCAUCAUCUCCAAAGAGCUGCCCACCAUGGUGAAGACAGCAGGGGACCAGGAAGGACUUUACAAACUCCUGGCGGACCUGAACGUGGAGGAGGGGAAGGGCGUCACAUUCAAGGAUUUUUGGCGAUUGGUUGAUUCUCUGGCCACUGCUCAGUUUGGAUUGCAGAGCAAAGAGAAACAAGUGAAAUGUGUGAAAUGUAGUCUGAUGUAAGACCGGCCCUGAGCAAACCAGUCCGAUCAACAUUACGUGGAUGUCCACCACAGCCCUGAGAAAACACGUCCAAUCAGCAGCUUCUAUUACCCAUCACUCUCUGCAAUACUGUACAUGUCACUCUGUUGGUCAUUUCGGUAGGUCUUAUCAUAAUUAAGUGUUGUUACAGAGCUUCCUGAAUGAAUACCCAACAAGCCCUUACGACACAGACUUCAUGACAUGAGUAAUCUCUACCAUGCAGAUAACAUAAGAUCUACUGGCUAAUUUACUUCCUCAUUUGUUCUGGUGCUGCAGGUUUUUUGUAUUAUUGUGUCACUUUCAACCUGCCCAAUCAUUCUUUUUUUUCACUUUUGUUU